GUUUACAACGGAAUCGGGACGCCGGGCGCGAGUGGAGCUCAGUGCCAGAGGAGGGAUUCCCGGCGCCGGGGGACAGAGCCCCUUUCUUUUGCUGAAAGACCCUCUCUGCUGGGGAGCCUCUUGUGUCCAGCUUAGGCCCGCGUGCAGCCCCGACGGAUGACCGGCUUCUUGGCAAGUGCGUGGAUCCUCCUCCCUUCGGCUCCCUUUUUUACAUGCAGUGGGGGUUGAAUGAAUGCGCGCGCUGUAAGCAAUUAAAUGGUUCCUGGCUGCAUCCUAGAGCUCUUUGAUUAGAGUUACAGUUUGUGGAAGGCCUGCCGUGUGCCAGCCUCUGCUAUGCACAGUCUUUCGUUUCAGCUCCCCCCAAACCGAGCAGGAAAGUGAAUAAACUUAAUUGAGAAUGUCUGAAAACCUUGACAAGUCCAAUGCAAAUGAAGCAGGAAAAUCAAAAUCCAAUGAUUCUGAGCAAGGCCUUGAAGAUGCUGUGGAAGGUGCUGAUGAAGCCUUACAGAAAGCAAUAAAGUCAGACUCCACCAGCCCCCAAAGAGUGCAAAGACCUCACUCUAGUCCUCCUCGCUUUGUGACGGUAGAAGAACUUCUAGAGACAGCAAGAGGCGUCACCAACAUGGCUCUAGCCCAUGAAAUUGUAGUAAAUGGAGACUUUCAGAUUAAACCAGUUGAAUUACCAGAAAACAGCUUGAAGAAAAGAGUAAAGGAUAUUGUACAUAAAGCGUUUUGGGAUUGCUUGAGUGCACAGCUAAGUGAAGACCCCCCAUCAUAUGACCAUGCUAUUAAACUUGUAGGAGAAAUCAAAGAGACUCUCUUAUCUUUCUUGCUGCCUGGCCACACUAGACUGAGAAACCAGAUAACAGAAGUCUUGGAUCUGGAUCUGAUAAAGCAGGAAGCAGAGAAUGGGGCCCUAGACAUUUCCAAGCUGGCAGAAUUCAUUAUUGGCAUGAUGGGGACACUGUGUGCACCUGCUCGAGAUGAGGAGGUUAAGAAACUAAAGGACAUUAAGGAAAUAGUGCCCCUUUUCAGAGAAAUUUUUUCUGUGUUGGACCUAAUGAAAGUGGACAUGGCCAACUUUGCUAUCAGUAGCAUCAGGCCUCAUCUCAUGCAGCAGUCAGUUGAAUACGAGAGGAAGAAGUUUCAGGAGAUUUUGGAAAGGCAACCAAAUUCCCUGGAUUUUGUCACCCAGUGGCUGGAAGAAGCCUCAGAGGACCUUAUGACUCAGAAGUAUAAACACGCCCUGCCAGUCGGGGGAGCAGCUGCUGGCUCUGAGGACAUGCCCAGGCUGAGCCCUGUUGCUGUCCAGAAUUAUGCUUACCUGAAGCUUCUGAAGUGGGACCACCUCCAGAGGCCAUUCCCCGAAACAGUUUUGAUGGACCAGUCUCGCUUCCACGAGCUCCAGUUGCAGUUGGAACAACUGACCAUCCUGGGGGCUGUGUUGCUGGUCACCUUCAGCAUGGCAGCCCCAGGAAUUUCCAGCCAGGCUGACUUUGCUGAGAAACUCAAGAUGAUUGUGAAAAUUUUGCUAACAGAUAUGCAUCUACCCUCCUUCCAUCUGAAGGAUGUCCUCACUACCAUCGGGGAGAAGGUAUGCCUGGAGGUGAGCAGCUGCCUCUCCCUGUGUGGGUCCUCCCCCUUCACCAUGGACAAGGAGACCGUGCUCAAGGGCCAGAUCCAGGCUGUGGCCAGUCCUGACGACCCCAUUCGCAGGAUCAUGGAAUCUCGAAUCCUGACCUUCUUAGAAACCUACCUUGCCUCAGGUCAUCAGAAGCCAUUACCCACAGUCCCUGGGGGACUCAGUCCAGUUCAGAGAGAGCUGGAGGAAGUUGCUAUUAAAUUUGCUCGCCUGGUCAACUAUAACAAGAUGGUCUUCUGUCCCUACUAUGAUGCAAUCCUCAGUAAGAUCCUCGUCCGAUCCUAACGUGUAUGCACCUACAGCAGCAGUAUUACUCACUCGCCGCAGAAUACCUGUUCUCAACUCUAAUGUUGCAUUGGAAAAUGGCUGUAUAGUACCUGUCUAUUCAACAGCACCGAUUCCAAAAGGAAGAAUAUUAUGUAUCACUGUUGGAAAGAUUCGUUGAAAAAU